AGUCAGUGGAGGAGUGGAGCUCCGGGAGCAGGCUCAGCUUUCCCCGGGACACAAUCCUGCUUCCUCGGCGUCAUGACUCUCUACCACGGCCGCCUGCCGGCACUCGGAGUGGCAUCCUCGGCUCUGAGCCUCUCCGCCCCCCCGCUCUUCUACUUGUACGGCCGAGAGAGCGGAGGGGUCGUGCCCGCCGCCCUGAGCUUCGUGCCGACCCGCCAGGAGCCUCCGCAGAAGCCGCCCUACAGCUACAUCGCGCUCAUCGCCAUGGCCAUCAAGAGCGCACCGGAGCAGCGCGCAACGCUCAGCGGCAUCUACCAGUUUAUCAUGGACCGGUUCCCAUUUUAUCACGACAACAAGCAGGGCUGGCAGAACUCCAUCCGCCACAACCUGUCCCUGAAUGACUGCUUCAUCAAGGUGCCCAGAGAGAAGGGUCGGCCCGGCAAAGGCAGCUACUGGACGCUGGACACCAAGUGUCUGGAUAUGUUUGAGAACGGCAACUACCGCCGGAGGAAGAGGAAGGCAAAAAGCCAGCAGGAGGCUCUGGACUCUAAAGCCGCUGGACACAAGCGCACAAAGGGCGCGGGGCCAUCCAGGGACCCCCAAACCCCUGUGAAACACCAGACUGGUUCAGAGACAGCGGAGGAACCAGCCAGGCAGGAUGCGGAGAGCGUGGAAAAACAACCAGACACAAAACCUGUUCUUGUGGAGUUUAACCAAGCGGAACAGCCACAACCGCUCUCCAUACAAAGACUCAAAGUGCUCCCCAACCAAGACACCACAGCAUCCAUCGGGAGGAGGCUUGACGCUCCGCAGCCUGAGCCGUGUCUCACUCCGAGACACGCUCCGCUGUGGAUGGACGGAGCGCAUCUCCUAGGCGCGUCCCUCCGCUGGGAGCCGGACGAGAAGAGGUCAGCGUUCAGCGGGAGGGAGAGAGAGAGGGGUCCGCUGUGCGCCGUCAGCUGCACGGCAAACACAAACCUGGCUGCAAGCGCGCAGGACAGGCCGAAGGGAAACGUUCCGAGCAGGGAUAAAUCCAAAGGGUUCAGCAUCGAGAGCAUCUUAUCGAGGAGUGAAGACGAAACGCGCGGCAGCAUCCUCGGUCUGUCGGCGGAGACAUGCGCAGAGCGCCAGAGUCCAGGCUUCAGCUCGUCUGUGGUCCUCGGUGCUCGGCCGCAUCAGCUGUACCAGAUGGGAUUCCCCCUCUGCUCCUACCUGUCACUCACCUGUCCCGACAAAGUACUGCAUUUCAAAUGAGUUCAGACCUCAAUGUAUUUUACGCACGGAUGUCCAAACGUGUCAAGUGUAAUUAGCUUUUCAUGAUGAGUUAACUAUGAGACAGCUUCCUGUUCCUCUGCUUAUACAUGUGUUUUAUUGUAUCAAUUCAUGGAGGAAUCUUGAAUGUAGCCUGAUGACUGGGCCCGUGUAGCCUGUAUUGAACUGUGGGGACAUUGUACGAUAUGAGAAUGACGUUUGUAAUCAAAGCUGUUUUACACUCCACUUUGCUCAUGUGCGAAAUAAAGUUUAGUUUGGUAAUUAAAUGACAGCAUGCUUUAUUUAAAAUGAGAGUAGAAAUACUGUUAGAGAACAGGAGGCUGCUGCUUGAAUGAAAUGUCACAUAAACCUCUCUGAUGCCAGAGAGACAGUAACAUGUAGCCUAUCUGUGUAUUUGAUUUUCAGUUCUGCCAUAUAAAGCUUCUGAUCACUGAGGAUUACAGGCCAGGUCAGUGUUUUGCUGUGUGCAUAGAUGAUUUAUCCAAAGGGAUGAGAUACAGAUAUCAGAGAUAAUCCAGGACAUUAAGAUUGUUUCCAUGACAGCAGUUGUGUCAACUUCAGACUGGUCAUAAUGAAUCAUCAUGAAGGAUUCAAAGACAUUGACUAUAGACAAUCAGUUUGGAUUCAGAUAACAUGACUCAUAAAACUGACUCCACCUGGACAAAACAGAUGGACCAAAAGUUUUGUCACAUGACACAGAAAAUUUCGAAUUACUUUUAUUUGUGCAGCUUUCGGUCUCUGGCGUUUCUACUGGUUAAUACUCAACUUCAGCAACUUAGUCUGAAACAGGAAGUGAAUUCUUGAGCAGUUCACUAAUUUUCUUCUUCUAUUGGUCAGUAAAUUAUUGAGAGCUGAUUUUGUGACGACAUCUAGUGUUUUAAAACCUCUGACAAUCAGAGUUCACUCCAUUUAAACCUUUAUAGAGCUUAUAAUGAACAUGAUGAAACUGAUAGAACUGAUAUAUAUCACACAUCUUGGUGUUGAUAUAUUAAUUAUGAGGUUCUAGUCUUUCCGUUAAUUAUCAGUUUAAUGUCAAUCAAAUCAUCAAUAAACAUGUAAUCGAUCAAACUGCAUCACAUCACGUCAUGUGUGAGGUGACUAUAAAGACGUCAAAUCAUUCUGAUCCUGGAUCACGUACAGAAAGUGGACAAUCUGAACUCAAGGUCCAUUUAUGAGCUUCUCAUGAACUUUCAACCAAAUCUCAUGGUCUUCCUCCGCAGAUGGAGUUUACAUGUAAACUCCAUCCAGUGAGGAAGGCUGCUGAGAGAAUGUGGAGUUGUUUUGUUUCAAACUAUUUCCAGGUUCCAGACUGAGCUGAAGCCGUCCUCCCUCUGGUCCCCACAGUGGAGGGGGAAGUAUUCAGUCCCUUUACUGAAGCAAAAGUAUCAAUGUAGAAAUAUUACAAGUCCUGCAUGAAAAUAGUAAAAGUCAAAAGUAUGACCAUCAAAAUGAAGUUGAAAUACUGAAGUAAAGGUCCUGUUGGGUCUCUGACUGUUCUAUUAUUAUAUAUGACAUCAUUAGAUGAUCAAUACUGAAGCAUCAGUGUGUGAGCAGCAUGUUACUGUUGUAGCUGCUGCAGGUGGAGCUGGUCUGAACUACUUUAAAUAGAUUUCUAUAAACAGGGAGACCAGAUAAAUGAGGGGUCGUGGGAUGAUUAAAGGGAAAGAAGAAAAAACAAAGUUCUGAUUCACAAACCUGUUUUCAGUUUUUUUUUAAUCUUUGAUUGUUGGUGAGAUAUUGGAUCAUUUGAACAUUUAUAGAAAUGAAACCCUGGGAGGUUUAGAGGGAAAAAUCACUGCUUGGUGGAACUGUUAACUCAUAGACAUCAGAUGUGACCCUGACUACACGCAGCUUUUGUAAGACGUCACAGGCCAGGACGCUUGGAAACCACUGCUUUUAUCUUUAACAAUGUGUUGUAUUUAAAAGCUUGUUUGUGUAAAAUCUUUAUGUUAAAAGUAACUUGUA